UCAGCGCACAAGGCGUGUGUGUGGAAUGAUACGGGCGUGUUUCAUGUUGGAUUUAUAAAAGCGGUUGUCCGACAUAAAGUAAUUUUCAGUUGUAGCCAAUAUUAUUUGGCUUUUAUGUUAGUGAUUGAACGCUGUGUCACUGUCACAAUACCGACGGUUCCAGCUGGGACAUCAAUCUUGUGCUCGAGGGCUCUCCAAAACAUAUUGGUCCAGGCGUACUGCUUAUUCCGGUGAUUGUUUCGUUCCCUGCAGAUCCAGUGCUCCCCCAGGCUGGCCCAGACCCACACCACGUUGAUGCUGGUGGGCUCUCACCUCCUCUUCGUCCUGCGCUCCCCCAUCCCUCCAUCCAGUGAUGGCAAUGAGUACAGACCCGGGCUGCAGAAGGGACGACCUCAGCCCUGACCCCGACCCAAUGACCCCUGACCGCAGUGACCUCACUGCCAUGAUGGCCACCGUGACUGUGACGACCACCGAGACGGGCGGCUCACCGGCCAAUGGCGUGAGGAUUGGAGCUCAGCAAGGAGGAGCUAAGAAAGGCCCUGCUCAGCGGCCACAACUCUCAGGGAGGAAGCUGUCGCUACAGGAGCGGGGCACGUACCCAUCUGGGAGGUCAGGGGGGGCUCUCGUCUCCCCCCGUGUGGUACGCAGACCCACCGUGGAGUCCAAACGCGUCUCCAUCUCAGACGCCGAGAACUGUAUCCAGCUGAACCAGUACAAGCUGAAGAGUGAGAUCGGAAAGGUGGACUCCAAUCUCAAUGGAAACAGGAUGCAACUGAGCUCAAUUUCGAGUCUCAUAGCAAAGGGUCUGAAUAGUGAUGGAAGUAAGGGCUCCUACGGGGUGGUCAAACUGGCCUACAAUGAGGAUGACGACAAACACUAUGCCAUGAAGGUGGUGUCCAAGAAGAAGCUGAUGAAGCAGUAUGGAUUCCCACGUCGCCCCCCUCCUAGAGGACCCAAGGUGGCGGUCCAAGGAGAGCAGCCCAAAGUCCUAGGCCCCCUGGAGAGGGUCUACCAGGAGAUUGCCAUACUCAGGAAGCUGGACCAUCUCAACAUAGUCAAACUGGUGGAGGUGUUGGAUGAUCCUGCAGAGGACAACCUCCACAUGGUGUUUGAUUUGAUGCCAAAGGGUCCAGUGAUGGAGGUCCCCACAGACAGCCCCUUCACUGAGGAGCAAACACGCCUCUACUUCAGAGACAUUGUCCUGGGCAUUGAGUACUUGCACUACCAGAAGAUUGUCCACCGGGACAUCAAGCCUGCUAACGUGCUGCUGGGGGAUGACGGCCAUGUGAAGAUUGCUGACUUUGGGGUCAGUAACCAGUUUGAGGGCAACGAUGCCCUGCUCUCCUCUACGGCUGGGACUCCUGCUUUCAUGGCCCCAGAGACUCUGUCAGAUAUCCACCAGAGCUUCAGUGGAAAAGCAUUGGAUGUAUGGGCCAUGGGAGUGACUGUCUACUGCUUUGUGUUUGGGAAGUGUCCGUUCAUUGAUGAAUACAUCCUGGUUCUACACAAUAAGAUCAGGACUAAAUGUGUGGAGUUCCCAGAGUCGCCAGAGAUCAGUGAGGAGUUGAAGACUCUUAUCCUGAAAAUGUUGGACAAAAACCCUGACACCAGGAUCACCAUACCUGAGAUCAAGUUGGACCCAUGGGUGACCCAGGACGGUUGUGAUCCUCUGCCUCUAGAGGAGGACCACUGCAGUGUGGUGGAGGUCACUGAAGAGGAGGUGCAGAACUCUGUCAAGUUUGUCCCCAGCCUGUCCACCGUGAUCCUGGUGAAGGCCAUGCUGCGCAAGAGAUCCUUCAGUAAUCCCUAUGAGUGUCCCAGGAGUAGAGCGGAGAGGUCCAUGUCUGCACCUAGCAACCUGCUCAUAAAGGGCAGUAGUGGAGAGGGAAGUAGGGAGGGAGAGCUCGAGACCUACAUGAAGAUGAACCCUUCUCCUGAAUCCCGUUCCUCCUCCUCUCCUCCAGUCAGCUCAGCCCAGUUCUACACAGCCCUCUUAACUGCAAUCUUACGCUCCUACCUUCAGUGCUUCUGGACUGAAACAGUGUUUUUACUUGUGAGAAGUGGCUCAACUCAAGCAUGGCUUCCCCUUUAAAAAUGAUAUGCCGUUCCCCUUUAAAGCCCAAUCUGUACAUUGCCUCUCUCCCUUUAAAUCUAUGAUGCACUCCGCUCUUCUAAUCCUGUCCUUCCCUCCAUCCCUCCCUGAUCUCUCCUCACUCCAUCAUUGCGUGUAAUCACCCAAAGAAGCACAUAGAACCCAGACAACACUGUACCACUGCCAGGCGUACUCAAGACUACUGGAAAUUCCUACUGUAUGUCCGUCUGCUGGCAUUGUGUUGCUGAGGAGAAGAGGAAUUUUUGUCUGUCGUGUUUCGAUGUCACUUUACCUAGACAAUGCAUGGUGAACGUUAUCGCCGUUCAGAGACUCUCUAGGCACCAUUCACAGUGGACAAUAUUGGUGCCCUUAAGAGCCAGCAUGACCAAGAGACUGGAGCAUGCAACUGACAUUAUUACGCCCCCUACCGUUUGAAACAAGACAUACACACAGGGAUUUUUUUUCAGUAGUUUGAAGGGGCAAUCUGCAGACGCUUCAUACAUUUUUGGACUUAUAAAUGUAUUAAUUAUAUAUACCUAUGAUUCUUGAAGAAUAUAACUUAUAAAUGCAUCAUAAGCUUAGUUUAACUGUCAUACCCCAUCAGAACCAAAAGCUUGUUUUACUCCAAUGUCUGUAAACACACACUGUAUAGCCUCAAAAUAUGCUUGACACUAUCAUUUGUAUAUAUUGAAGGGUCAGUCCUUGCAUCUAUAACUCUGUCUAUUAAUAUCACAGUGUUUUUCCAGGCCCAUCCUUCAGCUUUUUACCAAAACAGAGGGGAACCUUUUUGUUAUUGUUUCAUCUGUGGGUUGCCCCUUUAAUGCUGCAGCAUUGUACAUAGAUCAUAAAUGUGUGUGUCAGUGUAAUGUCAUUGUUGUCUAUCUCACCCGUACAUGCUAAGCUGUCAACAUAACCCUUAAGUAAUAAUAAUAAUAAUAUAUUAUAUUUUAAGCGCUUUACAAGACACCCAAAUUCACUUUACGUACACAAUCUAAUCUGCACGAUUAAAAGCAAUAAAAUCAUACAUUAAAAUGAGUAAGUAUAUAAAACUACACCGAACAUAAGGACAGACUAACCAGGAAAAAAAACUGAACAGGAUGACACUAAGGGAAGUGAACUAGUAAGGGAUCUCUAAGACAACAGAUAAUGUGAAGAGGUGUGUCUUUAGUGUGGACUUGAAUAUGCGUAUGGAUUGUGAGGUUUUGACAUGGAGAGGGAGGGAGUUCCAGAGUUGGGGGGGGCUGCAAUGCUAGAAGCAUUGUCUCCCAUGGAGCAGAGCCUGGUGUGAGAGAUGGUUAGGAGGCCAAUGUCAGAAAAGCGCAGUGAAGUGUAGGGCUGCAGGAAGUCAGUAAGGUAUGUGAGCAUUUUGAAGAUGAUCCUGUAUUGAACUGGGAGCCAAUGGAGUUUCAGGGUGGGGGUGAUGUGGUCCCAAGGUUUGGUGUCUGUGUAGACUGGUCUCUUCCUCUCUGUUGCUCUAAUUGUCUCCCCUUCAUUCUCUAAUGUUUUUAGUAGGGUACAGAAUUAGAGAAGGGCUGUUUCUCUGAAUCGCAGGCAGUAGGAUGAAGCAAGCCCGUUUCUCUCCCCUGUCUCCUAGACUAUAACAAGAAGCAGCAACCUAUCCUCCUUAAAACACAUUUGAAGCCCACAAUUGUGAAAGGGGGAACACUAAUCAUAUUUAUGCAGCCUAUUAAUCACCCUCCCAGAACCAAGUAAAUGUUAUAUUUCAAUUUAAGAAAAACUUCAUUGGAAAUUGGCCCAUUCAUUGAUAGGGAUGCAUGUGAGAUUGUACAGCAGUAAGCUGGGUUAUUUGUCCUUUAUACAUUCUUCUCGAUUUCAAAAUGGAAGUGAAAGCAGGUAAUGGUGUUUGUAUGUACUGUUUCUUGAUUAGUAAAAGGUUAAUUUAUGAAAUAAAUGUGAAUAAUUGUGUUAUUCUCAUAACGUCCAAGCAUGGUGAAGGCUGCACAAAUGUAAUAAUUGUGUUAUUCUCAUAACAUGCAAGCAUGGUGAAGGCUGCACAAAUGUAAUAAUUGGUUAUGACAUUUAAAUGUAGUUAAAGUAUGAGUUUGGUGGUCACUUUAUGAAGUGUUAGAGUUAGACCAAGAGUUUAAAGUAAUACAGAAAUUAUUGGUAUUUCAGUUGUGGUUAGGAUAUAUUGACCAAAUUUUCAGGAAAGUUUUGGAUGUAUUUUCCCUUCAAAAUGCCCCUGGAUGACCCUAGAAGCGUGUGUAAGUGUGUGUGAUGGAUAAUCUCCAGUUAGACUGUGCUCAGAGGGAGCUUUCAGAACUUUACUAGCUGUCAUGGUGUGUUUCUUUGUUUGAUUGUGACAAACAGCUAGAGGGGACUCUCUCUCUCCCCCCCUCCCUGUCUAUCUGCCUCUCCCUCUCUUCCCCUUUCUCUUUCCUUCUCCCUUCCUCCACACCACUCUAUCCUUCUCUCCCCCGCCCCCUCCCUGUCUAUCUGCCUCUCUUCCCCUUUCUCUUUCCUUCUCCCUGCCUCCACACCACUCUCACACCACUCUCUCCUUCUCUGUCUCUCUCUCUAUCACCUCUCUGUUUCCCUCCCUCUCUCUCGGCCAGCUCAGGCACUUUGUACUAUAUAUGAAAGCGUGUUGUCAGUCAGAGCACAGUGAUCUGUUCCACAGCUCUUCCAGGGACCAUUACAAUAUGAUGAUUAGGAACAACACAAACAACAACCACUAUCUAUUCACAACCACACAAUGUGGCAGAGAAUGGCCCAGUAGAGUGAUUUCCAUUCAUCCCUCUCUUCCGACUUGAUGCAAUUCUAUUGUGCAAAACACUCCAUUGAAAUUAGGUUCUGAGGAUCGAUAAGAGGGUAGCAUAUACAUAUACAAGGGUCAAUGCCACUUCUGAAUUGAGCCUCUGUGAUAUGAGCCUCUCAUUUAAAGAAAUACUAAUUGUGUGCACAAUCAUAGAAAUGAUGGACACAAUUUAUGCAACUUCAAAACAUGUUUCCUAUAAUAUCAUCUUAGUCAUGCAGUAUUUAUAGGCAGUAUGGAAGACCUGAUGUCAGUAGAUGUGUGUUUGGGAGAUGUGUAAUAUUGCUGUCUGUCUCUCUAAGACCAGGAUUCAGUCUUAUCACACUGUGUUGACAAUUCAACUUUUAAAGGCAAUGUUCCUACAUUUGCUGAGAUUGCAUUCAUGGUAAACGUUGAAGAUGACGGCGCAUUCGGAAAUGACCUUUGAAUGGCACAUUGUCGACAGCUGCGAUAUAGGGAAUAGCCACUAUAUAGGGAAUAGCCACUGUAUAGGGAAUAGCCACUGUAUAGGGAAUAGCCACUGUAUAGGGAAUAUUCACUAUAGGGAAUAGCCACUGUAUAGGGAAUAGCCACUACAUAGGGAUUAGCGUGCCAUUUUGGAUGCAUCGUAACCCUCUGGUGGACAUAUCAGUGCACCUGUUAGGUGCUACAGUCAGAGAAGGGGUAGAGGGAUUGUAGUGGAAGAAAAAAGCUUUAUUAUGCAUUCCCUGUUAGCCGGGCCAGAGAGUGUUUUCUCUUUCACUCACUUAUACCAUCUUCUCUUUUUCCCAGUCUUUUUCUUCUUCAUUGCCCUGCUGUUGCCUUUACACGUCAGUGUCACCUAUUUACGGCAGCCAUAUUUAAUUGUGCUUCCGUCUUUGUGAAUAUAUGUAUAUUUUUUUAUCAUUUCUAUUACAGGUACAUGCAAUUUCAAGUGCAGAGUUUCAAUCAACCAUAUGAAGAGCUUGCUUUGUUUUCUGCUAUGGCUUUUUAUUUUGUAACCUUUCAUUUUUCCCCUGCUACCUUUAGGGUGAACGCUAUGUUCGUGUUGCGCUGGACGUAGUUGCUUUUUGAUGGAGCUUUUAAGGGUUUGUCUUAACCCACAGACUGACCGGUGACUAACUUCUCUUAACUGAAGGGCUGUUGGGAUUGAAAUAAAGACGGCACCUGUUGUGAACCAGCUGUCUGCCAUGUUCAAGUCCCCUCUGAUGAGAUGGCACUUUAUAUGUUGACAGUGAUGCUAAAGGGAAACACAGUUUUUUUGUAAGUCUGUCUGGAGCACUGCACUCGCAAGAAUCUUUAUCCGUGUCUAAGGUGUAUUCACCUUUGUAAUGUAUGUGUAUGUACAGGUAUGUGUGUGUGUCAGAAGUGCAAUGUUGUUGUCAUUAGAUUACUUCACUGUUGUGUUCUGAUUCUAAAUGCACUCAUGUGCUCUUUCUUUCUGUCUAUUAUUCCAGGUACAUUACAUUGUCUUGGGAGUUGAGCUGGAUGCUAUUGACGCUUUUAUAAUUCCUUCAACCAGGGGUAAAGAGGGAAUCGUCUUCAACAGAUGAAACAGGCCUGUGAGAGUGAGAGUGUACAUAAUGUUAAGAUUAGGACAGUGUCAUGGUUUUAGCAUCGCUGCUAUGUAUCAUAUGGGAUUGUCCAGUCUCUGUGUUAAAGGUCCUGUUUCCUGUGUAGAUGUCUGCACUAUUUCGCAUUUCACUGAAGCCCUGUUUAUACCUGGUGCUAAUCUGCGUCGUGUCCGGAUCUCUUCCACAUUAUUAUUGUGUCCACAUUUUUAGUCAUGUGUAGGCAUUUUAAAGAUGUAUUGUGAAAUUAUUUUCAUCAGAACUUAUAACGGACAAGAUCAGGAUGAAAGAUGCAUGUUAGAAGCAGGUAUGAAAAGAAUGAAUGGGGCUUGAAUGUCAAGGUUCUUAAAGUCCCACAAACAAAAAAGCAUGGCCCACCUGUACUGAAUGCAGCUGUUACAAUGUAAAUAUGUACCAAAUAUAUACAGAAGCUAUUUUUGCAUGCUUUUUGUACACCUAGGCACACAAUAAAAUAAAAUAAAUAU